ACAGAUUAUGUGUGGUCUAGCAAUACUGGCCCCUGGGAGACAAGCCGGCUUAGCCAGAUUAUCUCCAGAGAGACCCAAUGUUGGCUAGGCUGUAGGCUUACUACCCUUGAAUAUCGCCAUACAGCUAUCACAAUUGGGAGAGAAGUGGUUAGUAAGGAGUUUGGUGAGGGCACUCAAGAAGCACUUACAGAGGGAGAUUUAGAAGAGCCUGAACAGCAGCUUGAAAGCGGCCUUGAUCUCCAGGCAGGUCGUUCUGAACUCACCGGCACGCUACGCUAUGGCGUUGAGAUGGGCAUUGUUUCACACCUUAGCCACCGCUCAGUGCAGGUGUUUCGUGAUCUAAGCAGCAAGUGGCACCGCUUCCUCCAGUUGUCAAGCACGCUACCCAACCCGCUUACGCCAGUAAGCGUAGCCAAAGCUGCUGGUAUCUCACGCCAAAAUCAAGGCUCGCCUGCAAAAUCUUUGCCAGCGCAGCCCGCGCAGGACCAAGCAGAGCCUGCGACAGUUAACGAUUUAGAAAUUCAAAUUCUGGUUCAAAAGGUGGUUCAAAAAGAGGGACUAAUUACCUUUAAGUCACCAGAGCAGGAAAUUGCCCUGCGCGCUAUCCUGGCUGGAGAGACACCGCUUGUUGUUGUUCUUCCAACAGGUGGCGGGAAGAGUCUUCUCUUCAUGGCGCCUGCGUGCCUCUCGGACCCAGGGGUCACUAUUGUUGUUGUCCCAUUCCGUGAGCUGCUGAAAAACCUAAAAACGCGGUUAGCUGAGGCGAAAAUUCCAGCUACAGAAUGGAUACCUGGACUUUCAGCUAACGGCCCGGCCCCAAUAAUUUUGGUUAGCGCA